AUGAGUUCCAGCAAUAAUAAUUCCCAUGAUGAUGCUUUCACUAAAGCAGCUUCAUUAGCAUUUGCUCCAGUGUUUUCUUCAAUCUUGGAGGCUGCUAUUGAUAUGAACUUGUUUGAUAUCAUAUCAAAGGCAGAGAGUUCGUUAGGCAUGUCUGCUUUUGAGAUUGCAUCUAAGCUUCCAAAGCAACACAGUGAGAUGGGUAGCAGACUUGAACGCAUGCUGCCAUCUUUGGUGGCUCAUUCUCUUCUCUCUUGCUCCAUUCGCACCAUUAAUGAAGCCGGUGACACUGAGAGGGUUUAUGCAGUUUCCCCUGUUGGACAAUACUUCAGACCUAGUCAUGAUCAAUCGGAAAACUCCUUGGCUGCAAUGUCAACUUUAUUCUUUCGGGGAUAUCGUCAUGUUUGGUAA